CACGCAAAGUACGUACUCUCAACACAGCGGAACACGUUUGUUUCAGUUUGUUGUCAUAGUGGUGGAAGAUUUAGCAGAGCUGAGCUAAAACUAACAAAAGUCUUCCUAUUCCGUACAGAUAAACUGGAUAGACAGAAAUUUAUGGUGAGAGUUUUAUGCGUUUGUACUUCUUUUUAAUAGCGAUAUUCGUUUUUCUACCGGAGCUCGUCGUAGCUGUGAAGCUAACGUUAGCUUCCAAGGAUUAACAAAAUGGCUGAGCCCAUCAUCAAAUCGAGACAAGCACAAAAAGAAGUGAAUGGAAUCUCAACAGAAGUUGUCUGCACACAGUUCAGUAAUUACAUAUUUGUGGUCCUUACCCAGUACGGCAAAAUCGGGACAUUGAUUUCGGUCACACCUGACUCCCGAUCUAAUGAUAUCAGCACCCCCACCUUCUCCACUAAAGUGCUGCUGGGCAAAGAUGAGCCUUUGACUCAUGUCUGUGCUAAAAACCUGGCCACGUUUGUAUCCCUCGAAGCUGGAAACAGGCCUGUCUUACUGGGAUUGGCCCUGAAGGAUUCCUCCAUAGACACAAUACAAGAAAUCAAAGAGAUCAUCAAAAGUUGUAAAGUGUGGUAGAAAGUCAGAGCCCCAAAAAUAAUGUCGGUAACUAAAAAGACCUGGUGAAAUAACGGUAGAUGCUCCUACCAGUGUCAUAUUUUGUAAAAUGAUAUAAAAUAUUACUUUUUUGUAUUUUGAAAUUCAUUAGCAAGGUUUUGUAUUACUUGGAAUGUUCAGAAAUAAAAUUCUUUAAUGACAAGUUCAAGAUA